CUCGCUCCUCCGUACGUCAGCGGAGCGCAACGAAACAAAAGGCCCGCUGGCUUCAUGGAUAACACUCCUACCAGACGGCCGGAUGUCAAGAAGAAGCUUGUUGUAGUCGGUGACGGCGGUUGUGGGAAAACCUGUCUUCUCAUCGUCUAUGCCGAGAAUCGGUUUCCGGAGGCAUAUGUACCAACCGUGUUUGAGAACUACGUUACACAAGUUACCUUUGAAGGGAAAUGCAUCGAACUCGCUCUUUGGGAUACUGCGGGACAGGAAGAAUACGAUAGACUACGGCCCCUUAGCUAUCCGGAAAGCGAUGUAAUUUUGAUUGUGUUCUCCGUCGACUUUCCAACGAGCCUUGCGAAUGUUCAGGAUAAGUGGUUCCCGGAAGUCGCUCAUUUCUGCGAGGGUACACCCUUAGUUCUCGUCGCAACAAAGAUUGACCUUCGACGGGAUGACCAAACUCGCAGGAUGCUUGCCGCCCAAGGCCAGGUACCAGUAUCCUCAGAAACUGGUUCCGAUGUCGCUAGGGAAAUCGGAGCGAAGUACGUAGAAUGCUCGGCCAAGACAGGUACUGGCGUGCAAGACGUGUUCAACCUCGCGUUACGAGAGAGUAUGAGGGGGAAGUGGGGGAAAAUAGUCCGGCAUCGACGAUGUAUUGUUACAUAGCAUUUUCUCGUCCUUUUUCCUCUUCUCAGGACUAUUACUUAGACUCAUUCUCCAGUAGUUUGUAUAAUACCCUAUGCAGCAGGAAUAUGUAUAGGUUUGCAAUAUCUCGAACAUGAAUGAC